AUGAAGCCUUUCCUGGGCCUACAGGGACUCCUCCUGCUUCUUUUCCUUAUGAAGACUUGUGCUGAUGAUUGGUCAGCCAUUCGUCUGCAAUGUGUCAAUCACUGGUUCUAUCUCAGGAUCAAGGCUACGCUAUUUGCCAAUAUUUUUAUGGAACCUGAUGAAGUGUUUUUAGGAAUUGGUUGCCCUGUAACCAUCGCCUGGCCAAAUGAUGUCUAUGACUUUACCUACCGUACUUACGCCUGCGGCAUUGUCAACAAAGUUCUUCAUGGUGUCACUCUGCUUCAGACUAAACUUACAUACAUCUCAAAAAACUCUUCUCUACGAGUUGAGAUGUCUUUGUCCUGUGUUCUGCACAGUACGACUCCUCUUUUCUGUGAUGCAGAAAGUAGAGGAGAUUUCACUGGCAAUCCUCCUGGAUGGGAAGUAGAUAUGAGGGUAAGAAGAAAUGAGCAAGCUGUUCCGACAGUGCCACCAAACUUUUCAACAUCAAGUGAAGACCACUAGAUCUCCAACCAGCCUCAGUCUCUGGAAUGAGCAGGCUUGAGCCUGCUGAAGCAUCUACCUUCAUGGAUCAAAACUUAACAGUUUUUAAUUUCUCUGGAAAUAAAUGAUGAUUUCUUAUCCCGUUUUUUAAAAAGAGACUAAUUUGCAAUUUUAAGUAAAGUGGCA